AUGUAUUCAAAUCAUUAAAAUGCAAUAUCCUUAAAUGAUGAUUUGGAUCCUGAUAAUCUCGAUGUUGAGGAUAUGGUAAAAAAAAGAUGGAAACAAACUCAAGGAAAAGUAGUUGGAAUGAUAAAUAAUAGACUGCCUCCUUUUUAAAAAUAAUUUUUAGAUGUAAUUAUAUUUUUUUAUCUUUAGCCAAAAAAGGCAUUCAAUUAAGAAAUGACAGAGGCAACAAUAGAAUUCUUGAAGAAAAAAGAAAUAGCUAUAAAAGCCUUUGAUGGAUAAAAAUAUCCUCAUCCUUUUCUAACAUGGGAAAGUACAUAAUUUCAUUAAUAAAUUAUGUUUGUUAUAAAUAAACAAAAUUUUAAAAGUCCUACUCCAAUUCAAUCUGUUGGUAAAUGUAAUUGAUUAUAAAAUAGUAUUUCCUUUGAUUUUAAGUGGGUAUGAUGUUAUAGGAGUAGCAGAAACAGGAUCAGGCAAGACUUUUGGGUAUUUAUUACCAGGUCUUAUCUAAAUAGCUUGUCAGAAGUAUCCUGAAAAUUUUAGAAAUAAAAUAAAUGGACCUGAAAUGUUGAUUUUAGCACCAACUAGAGAAUUAGUUAUGUAGAUAACAUAAUAGGUUGAAUUAUUUGUUAAAUCAUAUAAUUUCAAAGUAGCCUGUGCUUUUGGUGGAUAAAAUAGAAACGAGUAAGCAAGCUAAAUAUAUAAUAACCCAAAUAUUUUAGUGGCUUGUCCUGGUAGAUUAAAAGAUUUUUUACAAGAAGGAAUUUUAGAGUUAUCAAAGGUGACUUAUCUUGUGAUAGAUGAAGCUGAUAGAUUAUUGGAUAUGGGUUUUGAAGAUGAUGUUAGAUUUAUUGUUGAACGAACUAGAUUAGAUAGAUAAACUGUUUUCUUCUCAGCAACUUGGCCUAAAGCAGUAAGAAAUUUAUCUUUUGAUUUUUGUUCUGAAAAGCCAAUAUAUGUAUAAAUUGGUAGAUCUAAUCUUACUGUUAAUAAAAAUAUAGAUUAAGAAAUUAUAUGUUUAUAUAAUAAUGAAAAAUUGCAAACCUUAUUUGAUAUUUUAGAUUCAUUAAAAAUUCAUGACAAAGUUUUAAUUUUUGCAGAAACUAGAAGAAGUUGUGAAUAAUUAUCAGUUGAUAUGACUAAUGAAGGAUAUUAUGCAGUUGCCCUUCAUGGAGAUAAAUCAUAGAGAUAAAGAGAUGAGAUUAUGAAAAAUUAUAAAAAAAGUGAAACCAAAUUACUUUGUGCUACUGAUUUAGCUUCAAGAGGAUUAGAUGUAUCUGAUAUUACUGUUGUAAUUAACUAUGAUUUUCCGAAAUAUUUUGAUGAUUAUAUUCAUAGAAUAGGUAGAACAGGUAGAGCUGGUAGAAGAGGAAGAGCAUUUAGUUUUUUCUCUAUAGAAAAAGAUUAACCUUAAAUGGCAAGAGAAUUAUUGAAAUUUAAUCAAGUACAUUAAAUUAAAUUUAAUUUUUAAAUGAUGAGUGAUUUAGCUAAUGGAAUAAGUAAAUUAUUAUUUUAUAAUCAUUUAGGAUAAUAAUUUAGAACUAGUAAUACUUUAUAAACAAAUUCUAAGUAUAAUGGUUAAAUAUUGAACGGCAGUAAACAUGAUCCUAAUGAAUUAUUUAAAGUGCCACAUUUAACUCAAGAGUAGAAAGCAAAUCUAUAUCUAUAGCCUCAUCAGUAUGAAAUCAUGUAAUCAAUUCAAAUAUUUUUUAGUUAAAAUAGAAACAAUUAAAAUAAUUAUGGAAGAUAAAAUCAAGGCAGAUCUCAUUAUGGUUAACAAAAUUAUAGAUAAAAUUAAAGAAGAGAAGAUUUAUUUUAUUAAGAUAAAUUUAGAAAUCGAGUAUCAAAUAUAAAUAUAUAUUAGGGAUAAAAUGAAUAAAGAAGAAAUUAAGAAUAAAACUGGAAAACAAAUAGGUUUGGUUAACAAAGUGAUUUUUAAGGAUAACGUAGGGAAGAUUAUUUAGAUUUUGGUAGAGAUAGAGAUAAUGGUAGAUAAGGUUAUAAUCAAUCAAGAUUUGGAUUCCAAGGAUCAGAUAAUCCUAGAUAAGAUAAUAAUAGAUGGUAAAAUAAUGAAUAAGAUAAUACUAAAAGAUUUUAAGAAAAUCGAAGAGAUUAAUUUGACUAUAACAGAGAAGAUAAAUUGGAUUAAUAAUAAAAACAAAAUCCUUUUACAUAAACAAGAUUCUCCGAUUAAAAAUGGGAUUAACCUUUGACAAAUUAAAGAAAUGAAAGAUAACAACCUUUUAAUAAUUAAAAAGAGGAAAGAUAUUAACCUUUUCCUAAUUAAAGAGAGGAAAUAUAGUAGUAAUCUUUUAACAAUUAAAGAGACCAAAAAUAGUAACCUUAUGCAAAUUAAAGAGAAGAAAAAUAGUAAUAUUCAACACCUUAGUAAGGUUUUUAGAGAGAUUAAUAAGAUCAAAAAUAUAGAGCUUAGUAAAAUUAUUAUAAAGAUUAAUAAUUUAAUGAAUAAAGAUAAUAAUAGAAUUAAAGAAAUUUUUAAAAUGAUUAAUAAAGAACUCCUUACAAUACUUUUAGUUAUUAGCAUCAAGAAUAAAAUCCUAGUUCAAGAUAUGGCUAUGGAUUUGACAAUUUUCAAAAUGAUAGACAAUUUGAUAAUUAAAGAUUUUCAAAUCCAAAUAAAAGAUAAUAAAAUAAUUGGGGUGAUAGGGAGAAUAAUUAAGGUUACCCUUAAAGACAAUAUGAUUAAUAAUAAUAAAGAACUUCUGCUCCAGAUAAUUAAUGGAAUAGAAAUUCUGAUCAAGGCAAUAAAAAUUAAAGAUAUUAAUAAGAUGAUAGAAAUUAAAGAUAUUACUAAGAUGAUAGAAAUUAAAGAUUUUACUAAGAUGAUAUAAAUUAAAGAUAUUACUAAGAUGAUAGAAAUUAAAGAUUUUAACAAGAUGAUAGAUAAUCUAAUUAAAAUUAAAGAGUUUUCAAUUAACAAAAUGAUGAUUAAAGGCCAAAUAAUAGAAGAAAUUUUGUUGAUGUCAGCUAACCUGAAGAUGAUAAAUUAAGGAAAGAUUCAGCUCAAUAACCAGAUUCUACAAUUUUUCCAAACUUUAAUAAUUUUGAACCUGAAGAAAAUCAAAUAUAGAAGAAAGAUAACAUUUAGGAUUUUAAUUAAAAUUUAUACAACAAUCUGAAUACUUAAUAAAAUUAAGAUUAGAAUGAAAGAUCUUAAAAUCAAAGAAACUAUGAUUUCAGAUAAAAUGAUAAUUUUAAUCGAGAUGAAGGAGUGAGUUCAAAUACAAGAUCAUUAUAAUAAUAAGUAAAAACUUUGUUUUAUAUUUAGGGUGAUUAAGCACCUUAUAUGAAAUAAGAAUAAUAAUUGUUUAAAUAAUAAUUUGAAUAAAAACCAGUUCAAAAUAAUUUUAUCAAUGAAAGGUUUCAAAACUAACCAUCAAGGUAAAUUAAAAUAUAGUUAUAAUUAUGAUAGAUAGAAUGACUAAAGUUAAAGAUCUUUGCUAGAUUAAAAAAUGGAUCAAAUGCCCUAAUAUUUGGAAAAUUAAAGACAAAAUAAUGAAAGAUCAAAUUUCGUUAAUCAAUAGUAUAUAAGAAAAUCAUAUAAUAGACAACCUCAGAAUAUCUGUUAGAGUUUCAACAGGAAUGAAAGAGUUUAAGACGAUUAGGACAAUGAUUAAAUGGAUUUCAAUAGAUAUUCUAAAGAGAUGGAUGAACUUGAGCAAGCACCCAAGUAUAAUAUAUCUUUCUAAUUUAAGAUUAAAUUAAUAAGAAAGAAAGAAUAGUAGGAAGAACUCAGAUUAACAAUAAAACUAGAACCUUCAAUAAAAUCAAUUAGAUUCUUAAGACCAAUAUUGAGCAUCUUUAUUAGAAUUAUAAUAAUUUAUUUUUGUG